AAUGCAUAAAUUUAGGGUCCCUUAAAUAGCAGCUCCCAAAGACUCGAGCAGUCCAUAGCCAGUUCGAUUUUGGUUUCUAAUGGCCAGUCUUCAGUUCCACGGCAACUUCGAUGCGGACAUCAGGUAUGAUAUUAGUCUGGAUCCGGCCAGGGAAUCGAAUCUUUUCCUGCUGAUGAGAUUGCAGUUGGCGAUGGGUAUGAAACCAUCUCCUCGGGUGCCCAAAUGCUGGCCAAAGUGGGUGCAAAUGGUGGGCAAACUUCUGGCCAAGGUCUACUGCUCCAUGGUGAUUUUUACCUCGCUGCAUCUGGGAGUCCUGUUUACGAAAACCACAUUGGAUGUCCUGCCAACGGGCGAACUGCAGGCCAUUACCGAUGCCCUCACCAUGACCAUAAUAUACUUUUUCACCGGCUAUGCCAUCUACUGGUGCCUCCGCUCCCGACGCCUCCUGGCCUACAUGGAGCACAUCAACCGCGAGUAUCGCCACCAUUCGCUGGCCGGGGUGACCUUUGUGAGCAGCCAUGCGGCCUUCCGGAAGUCCUGGAACUUCACGGCCGUGUGGAUAAUGGCCUGCCUGCUGGGCGUGAUCUCCUGGGGCGUCUCGCCCCUGAUGCUGGGCAUCCGGAUGCUGCCCCUGCAGUGCUGGUAUCCCUUCGACGCCCUGGCCCCCGUCACAUAUUCGGCGGUGUAUGCCACCCAGCUGUUCGGCCAGGUCCUCGUGGGCGUGACCUUUGGCUUUGGGGGAUCUUUUGUCACCCUCAGCCUGCUGCUGCUGGCCCAGUUCGAUGUGCUCUACUGCAGCCUAAAGAACCUGGACGCCCAUGCCAAGCUGCUGGCCGGGGAGUCCGUUAAUGGCCUGAGAUUACUACAAGAUGAGUUACUUAAGGACUCUACCAGGGAGUUGAAUCAGUAUGCCGUACUAAAGGAGCACCCACUGAUCUGUUGAUAAUGUCGGCAAAAAGCCGAUGUCUUCUGGGGGAAAUGUGUUUCACAGCGCCUGGUGGAAUGCGUUCGCCUGCAUCGCUUCAUCCUGCACUGUGCCGUGGAGUUGGAGACUUUCAGCCCGUACUGCCUGGUCAAGUCCUUACAGAUCACUUUCCAGCUCUGCCUGCUGGUUUUUGUGGGAGUUUCGGGGACCGAGAGGUCCUGGGAUUGUUAACCAAUUCAGUACCUGGGACUCACCCUCUUCGAGCUUCUGAUGUUCACCUAUUGCGGUGAGUUGCUGAGUAGGCAUAGCAUUCGAUCUGGAGAUGCCUUCUGGCGAGGCUCAUGGUAACACGCCCACUUCAUCGCCAGGACAUCCUAUCUUUUGGUCAACAGUCGACGGGCAGUCCACGUGAGUGCCGGCAAAUUCUAUGUGAUGGAUGUGAAUCGUCUGAGAUCGGUUAUAACGCAGGCGUUUAGCUUCCUGACUUUGCUGCAAAAGCUGGCUGCCAAGAAGGCCGAACCGGAUCUCUGAACUGGAACCGCAUUCCUUCGUAUCCUUUGUACACGGUGAUAUUUAUUCAGCACAUUAAAAACAAGUCGAGUUAAAAUGCAAAUAAUAUUUGCGUUACCGCGUCCCAAUAUUUACUUAACAUCUUGCAGCACGAGCAGAUGUGGGCCCAACUCACUUUUUCGACUAACGAAGCUCCGCGAAAAGCGGCUAUAAGCCCAUGUCUGUGUUGCCUUGGCUUGUCACUGAUAAACAGCCCUUUUUCCAAACAAUUUUGAGGGAAGUUUCCGCUACAAAAGUCAAAAUAUUCUUAAGGGUGA